AUGUCAACAGUAUUUGCAAAAAGUGAUGACAGGCCAAACAUGAAGUUCACCGGUAAGUGCGUUCCAACCGUCAACAUCGACGCCGGGCUAAAUGAUGCCACAAACAGCACACUAGGCAGCACUUCUGGUUCCUCGGCUUCUGGAGUGCCAACCAUGGCAUUUUUACCAUCCAACUCACUCAAGUUGACUCCACAAAAGUGUUUCCCGGCUUUCGCUAGGAGCCCCAUCUCCCCAACAUCAAAAUUGCAUUUCAAGGACCUUCCUCAGGAGAUAAAGCAAAUCGAAUCCAAGGACUUAGAAUCCUUCGUCUGUUCCUUGCCCCCAUCCACACUCCUGAUAUUUGAUAUCCGUCCAUACAACCUCUAUUCAAAUUCAAGGGUUUUCAAUUCUAUCAACUUCUGUGUGCCAUCGACUCUUUUGAAAAGAGAAUCUUAUGCAUUGAAUCAAGCUUUGGGCUUGAUUGGCGAUGCUCAACGAGAACAAGUGUUAGCCCCGGAAAACUUCGAGACUGUUCUCAUCUAUGAUUCUGACAGUACCACCGAUCACAUUUCAUUCUCAUUAUAUCAGACUUGUCUCAAAUUCCUAAAGUAUAGUGGGAAAAAUUUCAAGGUUUACUUUUUGAAUGGUGGGUUUGCUAGCACAGACAAGACAUCGCCAUUGAUUGAAGAUUUCCCAAUUGGUCAUCAUCCCGCCGAGGAUUCUCCAGUAUCAGCUGCUUCAGCUGGAUUGUCGAACGCAUCUUUGUCACCCCCGGUCUCCACUUCAUCUCUUUUUUCUUCAUCAUCAUUAUCGUCACCUCCAGCUGCUACUGCUAAUACCCCUACUUCUGGCACUGGUGGAGGCUCCUCUGAAACUAAAGGAGGAGCAUUCCCAAACUUUGCAUCGAUAUCUCCGAUAUCAAACUCAUCCAAAGACAAUAAUUCUAGUCAAUGCAAGAAUAAUCUUUCACUUUCAGGAUUCUCAUUGCCCUCGUCAUGCCCAGCUCAACAGAAAUUCCUUUCAUCCAUCAAGAGGAACACAUUACCAAAGUUGGAUUUAUCAAAUAUUUCCGGUAAAAGGUUUAAGGAUGAGAGUAGAAGAUCGACACCUUCAGAUGAAUUGAGUAAUUACAGUUACCAAUUUAAGUACCCAGCUAAGUUAUUGGAAAAUCCAGAACUAUGUAAAAAGCUUCCAAAAUGGCUUCAGUUCGUUUCUGAUGUCAAAAAUAAUUCAGAAUUGACACCAGAUUCUAUGAACAAGUACAUUUUACAAAUGUUGAAUAAAAAGUUCAACAAGAUUGAAAAGGUAGAGCAAGCAAGACUCAGAAAGGCAAUUUCAUGUGAAGCAAGCUGCUUCUCCCAAUCUCAGACCAAUUCGCCUGCGCAUUCACCUAAUAUUUGUUCACCUAGUGCAUUGUGCCCCGGCUGUGACAACGUCGUCUAUAAGAUUCCAAAAGGUAUUGAGUAUGGGUAUAAAAAUAGAUACAACAAUAUUUGGCCCUAUGAGCAUUCUAGAGUUAAGUUAAAUGCUAAUUCGCCAAGCUGUACUACUCCAAACCCUGCAAGAAGUCACCGUCCAGAAGAUCAUGAUGAUUACUUUAAUGCUAAUUAUAUUGAUUUCAAGGAGGUUUCCAAGUAUCAAUAUAUUGCUACUCAAAAUCCAUUACAGGCUACAUAUGAAGAUUUCUGGAAGACCAUUUGGUAUAAUAACAUAAACAUUAUUGUUUGCUUAAAUAAGCAACUCUCUGCUAAUUUGGCUGGCCAAGAUUUGAAGUAUUUCGAUGAUCAAACAUUCAGGGCAAGUAAGCUUGAUAUUAAAAGGAUAAAUACUGAAGAGAAUGAUGUAUUCAUAUUGAGGGAGAUCAAAGUGAGCAAGAGAGAAAACUCUUCAGUAGUUUACCAUUUAGAAUUUAAAAACUGGCCAGACUUUGGAGUUCCAUCAUCGUUUGAAUCAAUAUUAGAAUUGAUCGAUUUCAAGAAUAAAUUAAUUGGAGAAAAUACCUUGAAUCCUAAGUUGUUAGUUCAUUGCUCUGCUGGUUGUGGUAGAACUGGGUGUUUUAUCACUUUGGAUAUGAUUCUUGAUUGUUUUAAGAAUGUGAAAAAGGGAGAGAGGGAUCUGGAAUUUGAUCCUUGGGGAAGCGACGAUUUAAUCUACAAGACUGUCCAAUUCCAACGUAGGCAAAGAAUAUCUAUGGUCCAGAACUUAGACCAAUUUAUUGUCUGCUACGAGAUCGUAUUGGACUACGUUGUCAAUAAUCUUUUGUGA